GUUACUGCCACCUUACCACCACAGAGGCCUUGGAUACCCUUGACGAGACCGAAUAGGAGUCGGCCGACAUGUAUAUUCACCGUGAUGUGCUACAACGUGCUCUGCGACAAGUACGCGACCAGACAGAUGUACGGCUACUGCCCUAGCUGGGCGCUGGAGUGGGACUACAGGAAAAAGGGCAUCCUCGAUGAGAUCAGACAUUACUCAGCGGACAUCAUCAGUUUACAGGAAGUCGAAACGGAUCAAUUCUAUGCUUUUUUUCUGCCGGAGUUAAAACAGGAUGGCUACGAUGGUAUAUUUUCGCCCAAAUCACGCGCAAAGACAAUGUCCGAAUCGGAACGGAAGUACGUCGAUGGAUGCGCUAUUUUCUUCAGAACUUCAAAAUUCACCUUAGUAAAGGAGCACCUUAUUGAAUUCAAUCAACUAGCUAUGGCGAACAGCGAAGGUUCAGACAACAUGUUAAAUCGGGUGAUGCCAAAGGACAACAUCGGCUUAGCUGCAUUAUUAAAAACAAAGGAUGCGGCAUGGGACAAUGCGUUUAACGAUCUAUCCGGGAUACCUACGGACCCGUCGACCCUAGCACAACCAAUUCUAGUAUGCACGGCGCACAUACACUGGGACCCUGAGUUCUGCGACGUGAAAUUGAUCCAAACCAUGAUGCUGAGCAACGAAUUGCGGUCUUUAUUGGACGACUCUGCCAGAACGCUGCGUAUGUCCGGCCAGAAGGAAAAUGUACAGUUAUUGCUAUGCGGCGAUUUCAACUCGCUACCUGAUAGCGGUGUGAUCGAGUUCCUAUCAGCGGGACGGGUAUCGUCGGAGCAUCGGGAUUUCAAGGAGCUAGGUUACGCGGGGUCGCUGCGGCGCAUGCCGGGCUCAGAGCACGAGUUCACGCACAACUUCAAACUGGCCUCCGCGUACAGCGAAGACAUCAUGCCCUACACUAACUACACAUUCGACUUCAAAGGCAUUAUCGACUACAUCUUCUAUAGCAAGCAGUCGAUGACACCUCUCGGGCUGCUGGGCCCGCUGUCGCAGGACUGGUUCCGCGAGCACAAGGUCGUCGGCUGUCCGCACCCGCACAUACCCUCAGACCACUUCCCGCUGCUAGUAGAAUUGGAGAUGUCCCCGAGUUCAAGCAGCAACAGCAACGGCCUGAUCGGGCGCAGGUAGCACGCGCAGCGCCAGCGGCACCAGCACAAGGGCCAACACCAACCAACACACAAACAACCACCACACAAACACCAGAAACCAAACAAACACCCCGACACGUGAGAGUGACGCCUACCAACUUUUAGUAAAUUUAUUGACUUGCGUUAUUUGGGGGGCGCAUUUUUGCUGAUGUUUAGGAUUGUUUCCUUUAAUAUAUAGUUUACUGCGUACAUACUGGUCGUGCCCAACUUCUAGUUUGUUCUGUGAAAGUAUGCACACAGAUUCAUUGAGUGCAGAUAGAAGUCAUCGCUCCUUAACGUUGACUCGCUAAGGCAGCUCAUUACCCGGAACUGAAACGCAAAAAGUAACACACAAGUGUUCAGUUAAAAACGCAAUUUGUGCGAGACAGUUUAAUAGAAAAAAAAAGAAACAAUGCUUAAGAAAGACAGAACUCCAGUACGAUACAUGCGGAUAAAAUUAUAGUUCA